AACCAGCAGCCCCGCCCAGUGCUGGGAGGUGAGCUCUCAGUGGGAAGGCGCUGGAGGUGAGCUUAGCUUCUCGGUUCCAGGUACGAAGUUUUCCUGUAGCUGGCUCCCAACUUUUUUCUUUUCACCCGCGGGGAGAGCUUGAGGCUGCAGACAUUGAGAAUUUUCCAUCGUUGCCUCCUUUUCAGCGCCAUCACCUUCUGUGCCUUGGGCUCCCAACCUCAGACCUUCCUCACAGUGUGAAGAGGAGCGGGUACAAAAAGGAAAGAAUUACAAGAUAGAGUUAAGGUCAAGGAAGUUAGAAGAGCAGACGCUCCAGACCAGGUGGACGGUGCAGACUUGAACCUUGCCAAUGGACCUGAUUGGUUUUGGUUAUGCAGCCCUGGUGACAUUCGGAAGCAUUUUGGGAUAUAAGCGGAGAGGUGGUGUUCUGUCUCUGAUUGCUGGUCUUUUUGUUGGGUUUUUGGCUGGCUAUGGAGCUUACCGUGUCUCCAAUGACAAGCGAGAUGUAAAGCUGUCACUGUUUACAGCUUUCUUCCUGGCCACCAUAAUGGGGGUGAGAUUUAAGAGAUCCAAGAAAAUCAUGCCAGCUGGACUGGUUGCAGGUUUAAGCCUCUUGAUGAUCCUGAGACUUGUCUUACUGCUGCUUUGAGAAUCCAGAGGAAGUGAAAACUAAAUCUGAGUCAUUCUGCUCUAACAGGCAGAAGCCCACUGUUUGUGUUGAAAAGAUAAAUUCCAGUAUGGGAUGUUCGAUGUGGUCUUAUUUUAUGUUGGAAACUGCCCGAGAAACACUGUUGCCUCUGAUAAGGACACUAGUUUGAGGGAUUUUUGUUUUUUUUAAAUAAACAGUUUAACCGUUUUCCAAUUGUUAGAUUCUGAUUUCAAUUAAGAUAUUUUCAUGAAAUUGUGAAGUAUAUCAUAAAUUGUGAUGUACUCUUUGAUUUUUUUUAUAUGUCAUGUUUUAUAGAUGGUGGUUCCCAACACUCAUGUCUGGAAUAAGUUUAAAUUAUAAACUAACUUAUCAGAUGAUGGAACGCCCUAAGUGGGCUUCAUGGAAUGCUCUUGUAUCUAUUUGUCAUUUGUGUUAUAUUUGAUUUUUUUUCCAUUUUAAUUGUAUUUCUGCCAGUGUUUUUUUUUUUUUUUUUCUUGAAUAAACUUCAUCCCCAGCACACUCUGUGCAAAUAGAAUGUAUUCAGUAUUCAAAUAAAAGACCUGUUUUAAACCUG